CCGCUCGCGGUCUAUCUGAUCUGCAAAGCCGAAGCGGAAGCGAGGGACCGAUACAGAGACGCAGCGGAAGCCAUUCAGCGGCUUAGCUAAGCCAUGGCCGUGCCCCUCGCGCGCCUCUCGCUCCCGCGCUCCCCGUCCCUCGCCGUCUCCGCAGGCGCCAAGAACCGCCCCGCCGCCAGCCUCACCUUCCCCGCCAAAUCCUUCUUCGGCGCGCCGCUGGCCGCCACCGCCGUCUCCGUCGCGUCGCCGCUCCCGCGCAAUCCUGCCAACUCCAGCCCGCUCGCGGUCGUCGCGGCGGGGAAGAAAGGGUACAAGAUGAAGACCCACAAGGCCUCGGCGAAGCGGUUCCGGGUGACGGGGCGGGGCAAGAUCGUGCGGCGGUGCGCCGGGAAGCAGCACCUGCUCGGGAAGAAGAACACCAAGCGCAAGAAGAGGCUCUCCAAGAUGGUCCAAGUUAACAAGAGCGAUUACGACAAUGUGACGGGCGCACUGCCCUACCUCAAAGUGAACAGGAAAGCAGAUUGAUAUCUCCUUGGUCUUCAAAAAUCGUUCUGUUUCAGUUCACCAUUUUGUAAUUUUACGUAUCUUCCUCUGUAUUUCCUUAUUGAAUACCACGGCCCUAAUUCAUUUCAAGCAAGCAUAAAGAACUUUAUGAGCA